UACUACAUUUUAAAUUUAUUAAACCCUAAACCCUAACACCCAAAUUUCAAUUUUUCGUAAAUUUCCAUUUUUCCGUCCACUCUUGGCAGUCACGAUGCUCAAUGUUCCGGUUAACCACAAGACAACGCCGUCUUCUACCCCUUCGGUUCUUCACCUCAUCUCCGUCGUUCUGCUCGAUUAGCUCCGCCGCCGCAGUCACGGAUUUCCCGCAAAACGAUGUUGUCUCUCAAAUUAUCUGCCAUUUCAUCUCUUCUCCGCCUCGUUACAGUCAUAAGCUCUUAUUAAAUUCCCUCAGAAACAGCAAUUGGUUCAGGAAGGAAGUUCCCGAUUUGGAACCUUCCGAAAUUGAGUCUAUCAUUGAGAAAAUUAGCUCGCAAAGUGCAAUAGAGUUCUUCUUCUUGUUGCAAAAUGAGUUUGGGUUCAAGCACUCACAGAACUCGCGGUUCUUCAUUGCGCAUUUAUUGGCGGAGAAGAGGCGGUACCGUGCGCUGUUCUGUCAUAUGCGGGUGGUAAUUGAGGAACAAGGCUCUGGAUCCGCACCCUUGCUUUGUGAGCUGCUUUUGAAAAGCUUUAUGGGCUGGGACUCAAACCAUGUGGUGUGGGAUAUGCUCGCAUUUGUUUACUCCAGAACUGAUAUGGUUCACGAUGCUCUGGUUGUGCUGACAAACAUGAAAGACUUAAACAUCCGGCCGUCAAUUAUGACAUACAAUAGUUUGUUGCACAACUUGAGGGAAACUGAUAGAGUGUGGGAUUUUUAUAGUGAACUUGAAGACAAUGGACUACAACCAACUGAUUAUACAUACUCAAUUUUCCUUGAUGGUCUUUGCAGGCAGUCCUUGGUUCUCGAAGCUAUUAAUUUCCUUAGGGAGAUAAACAAGGAAGUGGCUGAGCCUUGUGUUGUUUGUUUCAACACUUUGAUGUCAGGAUUCUGUAGGAAGGGUUUAAUAGGUAUUGCUAAAUCUUUAUUCUGUAUGAUGUUCAAGUAUGGAUUAACUCCUGAUAGAUACAGUUACAAUAUACUCAUUCAUGGGUUAUGUGUUAGUGGUUCAUUGGAAGAAGCCUUAGCCUUUGCAGUUGACAUGGAAAAGUGUGGAUUACAUCCUGAUCAGGUGACUUAUAACAUCCUCUCCAAGGGAUUUCGUUUACUUGGUACAAUGAAUGGAGUUUGGAUGGUUUCUGAGAAAAUGCUACUGACUGAAGCAGACCCUGGCCUGCUUACCUACACAAUACUUAUUUGUGGGAAUUGCCAAACAGGUAACAUUGUAGAGGGUUGUAGGCUGCGAGAGGAGAUGAUUUCUAAGGGUCUAAAGUUAAAUGAUAUCUCAUAUCGUGCGUUACUAAGUGGCUUGUGUAGAAACGGACAGAUAAAUGAGGCUCUGAGUUUACUUUCUGAGUUGAGUAAUGACGGCUUGAAGCCAGAUCUUUUUAUGUGCUCUAUGGUCAUCCAUGGUCUCUGCAAGCUGGGGGAAGUAGCCAUCCAACUGUACAGGGAUAUGUUUUUAAAAAAUGGAGUCUACCAGAAUUCUUUCCCUCACAGGUCCAUUUUGAUUGGGUUAUGUGAGAAGAGAACUAUGUUUGAGGCAAGAAGUUACUUUAAUGCAUUGGCAAAAGGUGGCUUUAUACAUGAUAGUGUACUGCAUAAUAUUAUGAUUGAUGGAUAUGUUAAAGUUGGUAAUUUGGCAGAUGCUGUAGGAUUGUAUGAAAGUUUAUUGGAGAAAGGGAUUCCUCCUACUGUAGUUACUUUCAACACCCUGAUAAAUGGAUUGUGCAAAGCCAGAAAACUAGCUCAGGCCAGAAAGUGGCUAGAUGACAUGAAGAUGCACAAUGUAGAACCAACUAUCGUUUCGUAUACUACAAUUAUGAAUGCCUUUUGUGAAGUGGGAAAAUUAGAAGAUACCUUUGAGCUAUUUGAGGAAAUGAAAAAAAAUGGUAUUGAGCCAAAUCAAGUAACUUAUACAGUGCUUAUGAAAGGGCUGUGUAAGCGAGGGAAGCUGGAAGAAUCUGUUGCAAUUCUCCGGGAUAUGUUAGGUAAGGGUAUUUCUCCAGAUCAAACUUUAUAUAAUGCUUUGAUCCAAUGUUUUUGUAAAGCUCGAGACUUUAAAAGAGCAUUUCAAUUACAUGCCGAGAUGGUACAGCUUAAUAUUAAGCCAAAUGUUGUGACUUAUAAUAUUCUUAUCAAUGGUUUAUGCGUAUAUGGAGAUCUAAUUGUUGCUGAAAAGCUAUUUUAUGAUCUCCAAUGUCAAAACUUCAAAUUGCCGAAAGUUGCGUUCACUACUCUUAUAAAAGCAAACUGUGCAAAGGGAGAUGUUGAAAAGGCUAUGGUACUCUUCCAUCAAAUGGCUGAAACUGGCUUUGAGAUUUCACUCAAAGAUUAUAGUGCAGUAAUUAAUAGACUCUGCAAAAGAUCUUUGCUGAAUGAUGCUAUGGAUUUUUUUCGAAUGAUGCUAGUUGGCGGUAUAGCUCCUGACCAGCAAAUUUGUUCAGUUAUACACUACUCAUUACACCAAGCUGGUUUUGUCAUUGCCGAGUUUCAAGUUUAUGUUUUAAUGAUCAAAUUUGGCUUUGCUCCUGGUUGAACUGUGUGGAAUGUGUUUGGUUUUGUUCAUCACCAAGCAUCCUCUAGUGAUCAAAUACUUCGAUAAGGGAGAACAGUGUAAAUUACUAUUAUUACUAGUGUCCAUUUCCUGAUUUCAUGGAGGACCUUAUUAUCCCUAAGAUUUUCUGCUGAAGAGAUCAACAUCGGGAUGUACAAAGAUUGUAAUAUUGGUGUAAGAGUAAGAUGGAGUACUGCCAAAAGGAUAAACAAUUUUAAAGGUGCUGAUUUUUACUUCUACCGUUGAGGAGUUGGAGAUCCUUGCUGCAUCAGUGCCUCUGUCUUGUUGUUGAACAUAUUUGAAGAAAGUAAUCUCUUGAGAAGAUUUGACCAUACUUCUUGAGGAUAUUAUCAAUGGAGACUUAAGACCCGUUUUGCUCCAAGUAGGAUGAAGUUAUACAAUGCUGCAAAUGUCCUCUGGAUACCAAUGCUGCAAUCUCAUCCUCAGAGCUUCGACAUCCAUAGCCGCAGCUUCAGUCGCGCGUGAAAGGUGACAGUUAUGAGCUUUUAGUGAGAUUAUGGUCGGGAGGAUGAUGUGUCUGGGUUGGUGAGAGAUGAUUACUCCGAUGGCGGAAAGAGGAAGAGGGACAAAGAAGAGAAAUUGAGAAUUCUAGAGUAAAAAAGAAAGGCUGAGAUGGAGAAGAAGUUUAAGGUUAGGAAGAGUGGAGGAUGAAGGAUCAUGAGGCAGAUCCAGAGAUGAAAGAGAUGUGGGACACUAUUGCGGGUGACAAUUUUUAGGAUGACCAAGAAGGUGUUCAGACUCUGGAUGAUGAUAAUUUCAUCGAUGAUACUGGCGUAGAUCCUUCUGACCGUUAUGCAAGUGACCGUGAACAUUCUCCAAGUCAAGCUCCCGAGGUUUGAAUUACAUCUUGUGUAGAGUGCGCACUUGUUCUAUAGCUUCGUGAAUCUAUAUAACUAAUUUUGGAAGGCAGAGGAGGGAGAAGAGGAUGAUGAAAUCAAGGAACUCUUCAAGGCUGGAAGGAAAAAGAAGAAAAGUGAAAAAAGUCCAGCUGAAAUUGCAUUGAUAGUUGAGAAUGUGAUGGCUGAGCUCGAGAUGGUUGCUGAAGAAGAUGCAGAGCCCAAUAGAUAGGGGAAACCUGCAAUCAAUAAGUUGAAAAAGCUGUCCCUUCUGACAGAUGUUCUCUCAAAAAAGCAACUCCAGCAAGAGUUUCUUGAUCAUGGAGUUUUGACUCUCUUAAAGAAUUGGCUUGAGCCUUUGCCAGAUGGAAGCUUACCAAAUAUUAAUGUUCGUGGUGCUGUUUUGAAGAUCCUAAAUGAUGUGUGUAAUUCAGUUCUUCUUCGAUUACUUUGUCCAUUCUGUGAAUUUAAACAUCUGUGUGACAAUAUUGGUGUAAGAUGGAGUACUGCCAAAAGGAUAAACAAUUUUAAAGGUAUAUGCUGAUUUUUUUUCU